CCCCCGGAUGGGACCAGCUCAGCUCGGUCCUGUUCAGGUUCUGUGUUGAUGUCCUUUCUUCUCACUCUGGAGUCUGAGUAAAACAAGUAGCUGCUGCUGUUGUUGUUGUGAAUGGUUAAACGUCCCACAUCUUCUUACUGACACUCUGACACUCCAGGCUGGACAAGUCCGUGCUUUUGAACGUGUCAACAUGAAGAGGGAGGACAUCAUAUUUCAGGCGCUCCUCUUGAUCCACAUCCCUGUGGCCUGCCUUUUCUUUGCAGCCUCAGCUCAGUCCGACAGCAGCAGCAGUGUGGUGGUGGCUGGUUACAACGUGAGCGCCCCAGCCGGGUCGAAGGUGGUGCUGCAAUGUGUGAGUGGCCGCAUGGUGUGGACCAGGGACAGCGUGAGGGACAGACAGAGGGUGGUCCACUGGGACCUGUACCGGGCCCAACCGGACUACGCCAUGGAGAGGGUGGUGGACAUGUUCUCUGCAGGGGACCAGAGGAUUUACAACUCCUACAACCUGGGCAGGGUCGGCAUCAUCCCAUCGGCCUUCAGGGACGGAAACUUCUCCCUGGUCAUCAAAGAUGUGACGAUGAACGACAGAGGCCUGUACUCCUGUAACCUCCACCAUCUCUACUGUCACCUGUACGAGACAGUCCGAGUCCAGCUCAACGUCACUAAAUCACGCCGUAAAGAGCAGCGUUUCUGGGAUGGACAGAAGGCGGUGUUCGUGGUGCUGCUCGGGAGCACGGUGGCGCUGCCAUGCAUCAACCGACGCAAUGUGUGGACGGACUGGAGCAACGAUGAGGGCGACCAGCAGGUGGUUCACUGGGAUCGCCAGUCACCAGGGAUCCACCACGACCGCGCUGACCGGCUGGUGGACCUGUACGCCUCUGGAGAGCAGCGUAGCUAUGGGCCACUGUUCCUCCAGAGGAAGAUGAACAUCAGCAAUCAGGCCUUCUCAGGGGGAGACUUCUCACUGACCAUAUCUGACCUAAAGCCCACAGAUCAGGGGAUGUAUUCCUGCCACCUCCACCAUCAUUACUGUGGUCUACACGAGAGAAGAGAGUUCCAGGUCACAGUGGAGCCACCGGUGAUUAAGACCACCCAGCCAGCCAUAGCACUGCCUGCUGUGGACAAAGACUCGGCCAAGGCUGAAUCACCGCGAGUCAUCAACGUCAUCGUGGCCGACCAGAGACAUCACUUCCUCCUGCCGCUGGGAUACGUCCUCACCUCUCUCCUGCUCCUGGCGUUCAUCAUCCUCAUCAUCAUCCUCAUCACACGCAGACGUAGGAUGAAAGAGUUUAACCCGCAGGUAUCUAUGAGGUCCAGCAGGAGUCAGAGCAGCUCUGAUGAGUUUGAGAUGGACGUUACUGAAGUCAAUGUGGGCAACGACGAGGAGAGAGGAUUUGAGUACAAGAACAACCUGCUGAGAGAGAAGGUCCAUGUGAACACUCAGCCUAAAGUCAUUGAUCUUGACAAAGAGAUGCAGAAAUUUUCUAAGUGAGAGAAGGACAGAAAAAGUGAGAGUGGAGUCGCUGGCUGGUCCAGAGGCUGCGUUCCAAACACAACACACUGCCCGCCCGUCCUGGCAGGAGGGACACGGAAAGAACAAAUCAGUGCCACCAAAACUGCAGAAAACUGGAAAAGAAAAAAAAUGUUUUUAACUCGUCAAAAUGAUGGUGACACAUUUACAACAAAAGAUUUUGCUUUCUUUUAUUGUAUUUUAUUGUCAAACUAAAAAGACUUGAGUGAGAAAGAGUGCUACAACUGUGCCUGGCACAAUAGCACCACCCACAGGGGAGGUUUAGCUUUGACUGAGAGAGGUGUAACUUUGUUGAAUGAAGAUGUGAUCGACAUGAAUUAUCAGUUAUUACAGCAUGAAUCCUUAUGCCUCAAGUUUUAAAAGAAAUCUUACUGAUGAUUUAUUUCCCUUUGUUCUUCUCUUGGUUUAACUGACUGGACUGAAGCACCACUGACGUUUUGAUGUCAGUGUGUUUGAUUAACUGGACACUAAAUGACCAAAGAAACAAUGUAUGUAUAAAUGUUUUGUUGUGACUUUGUUUUUAAACAUGUAUUAAAAUGUGUUUGACGUCCAGCUGAGAUGGGUUUUUACACUAACUUGAUACCCACUCUGUUUGUAUUCAAAUGACUUAAAUAGUAAAGUAAUUACUUGUGAACUGAAUGUGGAGGAGAAAUAAAUAAUUGGUCAAUUUUU